AUGCUAUCUCAAAAUAAUUUACAACAACAACACCAAUUAAUGAAUUUAGCAAGAAACAAAUUGGUUACUUGCGUUAAUAUGGAAUCACAAAGUAAGCAGUACGAUUUAAGAAAAUUAGUAGCUCAUGCUAAUUUAUACGAUAAAUUAUCAUCUAAUAUUGUAUUAAAUAAUAACUUAAUUAAAGAACAAUACUUACGUGAUCAACAACAACAAGAAUUACAAAAACAACAUCAACAUAUCGAACAAGUCUACGUAUCUGACUCGGACUCAGACUCUAAUUCUGAAUCGGACUCGGACUCUGAUUCAGAUUGGGAUUCUGUCUCUGAAUCGGAUUCAGAUUCGGAUUUUGAAUAUGAAUACGAUUUCGGUGAACAAAUCGAUAACGUUCCACGUCAUUGUAAAAUUGAAGACUUAUCUUUAAUGCCAAGUGUAAGUCAUAAAGAAUACGCCUCUAUGCAUUUAGAUAAACAACAAGUCUCUGCAUAA